AGUAACGAGGAAGCAGGAUGCCUGAACCCGCCAAGUCUGCGCCCAAGAAGGGCUCCAAGAAAGCGGUGACGAAGACCACUGGAAAGGGAGGCAAGAAGAAGAGGAAGACCAGGAAGGAGAGCUACGCCAUCUACGUGUACAAGGUGCUGAAGCAGGUCCACCCCGACACCGGCAUCUCAUCCAAGGCCAUGAGCAUUAUGAACUCGUUCGUCAACGACAUCUUCGAGCGUAUCGCUUCGGAGGCCUCCCGCCUUGCUCACUACAACAAGCGCUCCACCAUCACCUCCAGGGAGAUCCAGACCGCCGUCCGCCUUCUGCUUCCCGGGGAGCUGGCCAAGCACGCCGUGUCCGAGGGCACCAAGGCCGUCACCAAAUACACCAGCUCCAACAACUGGAAUCACGUAACGAGGCAGUCACGUGAUUUCGGAAAACGGGGCCUCGUUUGGCUUUUGUCACGUGGUGUUCUGAAGAGGCUUCAAUUGGAAAGGUGUAGCAUCACCAGUGAGUAUAUGGAGGUGUAAUGGUUCAGCAGUCUG